AUGGAAACUGUAACAAUUCAAGUUCCGCCUUCUUCGAUUGGCCAUAUCAAAGGCAAACACUCCUCUAAAAUCAACGAAAUUGAAAGACGCUCCAAGGCUCGCUGCAUUAUCAAGAAAAACAAUACCGUAGAAGUGAUGGGCACAAAUGAGGCCCGAAAGAUCGCUCUUAAUUUGAUUAAAGAUUGUGUCUACAACAGUAUCAUCGUUUAUAAUCACCCAACAGAAGCUAUUAUUGCACUUCAGCCACCAUUGGUCGGACUUAAAACUGUAUUAUUUUCAAAAUAUGAUGGUAUCGUCGAUAGGAAUAAUGUCAACAAAGCAUACUUCAUUUUAGAUAAAGGUGAAGAAAUGAAUGAAGAAGAUAAACUCUCUUCAUUAUUUGAAAAUCUUAACCUUGAGAAAAUUAACAAUAUCAUUGCCCCUGAAAAAGAACGGAUUUCGGUGGAACACAUCACUAAACGAUUAAUAGAGCUAACUGCCAAGCCCGCUAACAAAUAUCUUGACUUCAAGGUUAGGGUGAAUAUCGGGAAACAACUCUUUUAUCCGGCAUAUAGGGAAGUUUUGAAUCUUCCAGAAUCAAUUCCUCUCUCCAAACUUCUUAAAUAUGAAAUUGGUUAUAAAAAAGAUGCCAAAGCUACUUUUAUGAAUCAUAUUUCUUCCGAAAUAGCAAAAAUUAUUGAAAAUCGUCUAAUUAAAUUAAAAUAUCAGAAAAAUACUGAAGUUACCCAAAGAGCAUCUAUUCACUUAAUUGAUAACAAAGCUCUGAAGCGGGUUAUUGUUUCAACAAACAUUACAUCAGAAGGCAAAUUAAUACCUCGUAAAUUUAAAUUCGAAAACAAUAGACUUCUUUUCUUUUCUUUUGUUGGUCCGAGAUCUGCCUUGGAUUUUCGAUUCAAAGUUCUUUCUCAAGAGCCAUCAAUAACAAAUUUACCUACCGAACUUUAUAAUUCAGUCAAAAAUGCUAUUUACAAUCCCGACGAAAAAACUGUCACGUUAAAUGAUACCUCUAAUUACCUUUUCACAAUUACUCGUGUCAAGAUCAAGAGUAUUUUUGUUAAAUGUAAGAACGAAUUUUCGAAUGGUAAAAUUAAAGUAUCAAUUUCUGAGGUGCAUGAGGAUGGACAAAAAGAUGUUCAGGUGACUGUGACAAGUGAAGCAUUACAUAAAGUUAUUGAAAAAAUGAGUCAAUCAAAUAAGAUUGAAGAAGAAUUGAAAUUUGAAUGUGAUAAGGAAAUAGAAAAGUUUGUUAAUGAAAUUAAAACUAUUGUAAAUGAAUUGCAAUAUAACACGAAUGGAUACAAUUAG